AUGCCAUCACAAAGAAAAACAACAACCCCUAGUCCCCAGCAGGCCUUAAGUGGUCAAGGGGUGCCAAGAAUCCCUGGAAAGUAUGCAAUAGCGGAGGGAUGUUGCAGAAAAAUUCAGAAUGGUCCCUCUAUGGUACUUAGACUUGGAACGCUCAAUGUUGGAUCACUGACUGGCCGCAUCAUGGAAAUCGCAGAAAUGCUCGAGCGUAGGAUUGACAUCUGCUGCCUUCAGGAGACCCGAUGGAAAUCGAAUGGUGUCUGUCAUGUCAACUCAGACAAAGAAAAAUAUAAACUAUUCUGGAAUGGUCAAAAGACGGCCAAAAAUGGUGUUGGAAUUUUUGUCAGAAAACUGCUAGCUCAAGAAGUACUGGAUAUUAAAAGGAUUAAUUCACAUGGCAAACGCAUCCUUGAGUUUGCUGAAAGUCACGGGUUUUGUUUACUGAACACAUAUUUUAGAAAGAGGCUGGAACAUCUCAUAACAUGCAAAAGUGGACCAUCAGCCACGCAAAUUGAUUUCUUCGCUGUCAAGCAACCACACCGAAGGCUGUUCAAAAACGUCAAAGUUAUACCUGGCGAAUCAUGUCUGAAAUUUGAACUCCUUUUAAAAAGUAAUGAGCCUAUUGAUUGCUCUAUCAUUUCCGGUCUGAGCAGUGGUUAUGAUAAUGUUGUAUAUGUUGACAACGAUGUAAGAUUCGAGCAUAAAAAUGAUUCUGAACUGAGUCAUGUUUUCGGUUAG